AUGCAUCCGCGAAGCGUCAUCGUCCCCGGCCUCCUGGCCCCGCUGGCCGCCGCCUUACCUACCAGUAUCCCCGAGGAGCAGACAAGCGACGCCCAGUGCGGCUCAGGCGCUUGCUCGAGCUUCCCCGGGUCGGGCACUGGCUACACUGGCGGCAACACUGGCUACCCUGGCGGCGGCUUCCCUGGCGGCGACAUUGGCUACCCCGGCGGCGGCUUCCCCGGCGGCGACAUUGGCUACCCUGGCGGUGGUUUCCCUGGUGGCAACACUGGCUACCCUGGCGGCGGCUUCCCCGGCGGCGACAUUGGCUACCCUGGCGGUGGUUUCCCUGGUGGCAACACCGGCUACCCUGGUGGUAGCUUCCCUGGAGGCAACACUGGCUACCCCGGCGGCGGCUUCCCCGGCGGCGACAUUGGCUACCCUGGCAGUAGUUUCACUGGCGGCAAUAUUGGCUACCCCGGCGGUGGCAUUGGCUAUCCCGGUGGCAAGGGCUAUUCCGGCGGCUAUAGCUAUAGCUACGAUUAUGAGGAAACGCAGUACCUGACCGGGCUUGGCUGUCCUCCGGAGGGUCUGCCCCCCCUUCAUCAGCUCGGCUAUUCAUUCCAGGAUCUUCAGUAUUUUAUCGAGAUCGGCUAUCGCCCCCAGGACUUCGGGUAUAUCGGGGAGCUGGGUUAUCCUCCCACCAACCUUCGAUACUUGGCGAACCAAGGCUACUUCCCCGAUGACCUCCGCUUCCUCACUGGGCAAGGGUUUGUUCCUGAUGAUCUUCUGUUCCUGUCGCAGCGAGGCUGCCCUCUUCAGGAUCUGCGCCGCUUCGCCGAGCUCGGCUGUCCUCCCCAGGAUAUUCGCUAUUUGGCCGAGAUGGGCUAUUUCCCUCAGGAUAUCCAGUACUUGACCGAAUUCGACUAUCUCCCCAAUGGCCUGCAAUAUCUGAUGGAUCUCAGCUGCGGUGCUGAGGAUUUCCGCUUCUUGGCUGAGAUGGGUUAUCGUCCCCAGAAUUUCGAGUAUCUAGUCGAGCAGGGCUACCACCACGAGGUUAUCCAGUACCUUGUUCAGCAACGCUACCCUCCCACUCGUCUUCAGGAUCUCGCUGGGCCCGGCUCCCUCUUUGGCGGUCUGAGCGGACCCGGCUCCCCUCUCGGUGGCGGCCUGAACGGACCCGGCUCCCCUCUCGGUGGCGGCCUGAACGGACUCGGCUCCCCUCUCGGUGGCGGCCUGAACGGACUCGGCUCCCCUCUCGGUGGCGGCCUGAACGGACUCGGCUCCCCUCUCGGUGGCGGCCUGAACGGACUCGGCUCCCCCCUCGACGGCGAACUCGGCUCUCCCCUCGGCGGCGAAUUCGGCUCUCCCAUCGGCGGCGGAGUCGGCUCCCCCCUCGGCAGUGGAUUCGGCUCUCCCCUCAGCGGUGAAUUCGGCUCUCCCCUCGGCGGCGAACCCGGGUCCCCUCUCGGUGGCGGCCUGAAUGGACUCGGCUCCCCUCUCGGCAGCGGAUUCGGCUCUCCCCUCGGCAGUGGAUUCGGCUCUCCCCUCAGCGGUGAAUUCGGCUCUCCCAUCGGCGGCAGACCCGGGUCCCAUCUCGGUGGCGGCCUGAACGGAGUCGGCUCCCCCCUCGGCAGCGGAGUCGGCUCUCCCCUCGGCGGCGAACCCGGCUCCAAUCUCGGUGGCGGCCUGAACGGACCCGGCUUCCCCCUCGGCGGCCUGGACGGACCCGGUUUCGGUGAAGGGAAACUAGCCGCGCCCGGCCACCCUCCCGAGGAUAUGCCUGGGCUACGCUAUCCUCCUGAGGACAGGGGUGGCUUUCGCCACGGCGGAAAUCACGCUUGCUCGGGCAAUACGGCUACAACGCGCUCGGAAUGGUGCGGCUCCUUCUCCAUUGACACCGAUUACACCUCUCAGGCACCCGAUACGGGGGUGACGAGAGAAUACUGGCUGGACAUUUCGGAUGUGAUUAUUGCUCCCGAUGGCGUGCCACGAACCGCGAUGGCGGUCAACGGUAGCAUGCCUGGUCCAACCAUCUUUGCCGACUGGGGUGAUACGGUCAUUGUUCACGUUACCAACUCUCUUUACACUUCCAAGAAUGGAACCAGCAUUCACUUCCACGGCAUACGACAACUCUUUACCAACCAGAACGAUGGUGUUCCGUCCAUUACCGAGUGCCCUACUGCAGUCGGGAAAUCGACCACAUAUACCUGGAGGGCCCUUCAAUACGGCUCUACAUGGUACCACUCUCAUUUUGCACUUCAGGCGUGGCAGGGCGUCUUUGGCGGUAUCGUCAUCAACGGCCCAGCCACGUCCAACUACGACGAGGACCUUGGUGUCGUCUUUCUAAACGACUGGGACCAUCAAACUGUAGAUGAACUCUACAGCACCGCUGAGACACAGGGUCCGCCUCCUCUCGCAAAUGCUCUCAUCAAUGGUACCAACGUUUUCAACGACAGCGGCCAACACCUUAACAUUCCUUUUACUCGUGGGAAGUCGCAUCGAUUGCGACUCGUCAAUGCUGCAGUUGAUACUCAUUUCAAGUUCACAAUCGACAAUCACCGGAUGACCGUCAUUGCUACCGACCUAGUCCCUAUUCGGCCUUACACAACAAACGUUCUCAACAUUGGAAUAGGGCAGCGCUACGAUGUCAUCGUCUCGGCAGACCAGGCUCACGUGGCUGAGAACUUUUGGAUGCGGGCCAUCCCUCAGUCUUCUUGUUCCAAUGUCAAUAACUCGGACAAUGUGCGCGCCGUCGUGCAUUACGGAGAACGUCCCUCAACGCCGUCUACACUGGGCUACAGCUUUACCGACUCUUGCGAUGACGAAAAAAACCUAUCCCCUCAUAUCACCAAAGACCUGACCCCCACCCAAAUUACGACUUCAGAGUUUGUCAAUCUCACAACCGUUGAAGGCCUCUUCAAAUGGUCGUUGAACUCUACCUCCAUGGUUGUGGACUGGCGGAACCCAACUUUGCAACAAAUUCAGAGCGGUGUCAACUCUUUCAGCCAGUCCAACGCAGUCAUUCGUCUUCCCGCGGCCAAUCAACUCUUCUCCAUGGUAAUUGAGACGACCUUGGCUAUACCGCAUCCAAUUCAUCUGCACGGCCACGACUUCUUCGUUCUUUCUCAAGGAACCGGUAACUAUUCGGCUGAGACGCCCCUGACAUGGAGAAACCCGCCCAGGCGAGAUACUGCCAUGCUCCCAGGAAACGGGUUUCUGGUGAUUGCGUUUGAGACCGACAACCCAGGCGCUUGGCUGAUGCAUUGCCACAUUGGGUGGCACACCAGCGAAGGCUUUGCCUUACAGUUCGUCGAGCGAGAGGACGAAAUUGCAGGUUUGACGAAUGGAAAGACUCUAGAUUCGCAAUGUCGCGCCUGGAAUGACUUUCAAGAUGCAUUCAAUAUUGAGCAAGAGGACUCUGGCGUAUAG